AUGAAUGACCCGGGACUUGACGGUGCCAUCGCCGAGGAGGCAGAUGCUCUAGAUCAGAGCUCCUCCCAGACCCACCCGGGAAACAACAGCACCGCAUCUAACACCACCCCAAAGACAUACCAACUAGACAAAGAAUGCCCGCUUCAAGCUCGAUGGUGGCUCGCAUGCACUGUCUACCCGUUGGCAGCUGGAACCUUUGGGCCUAUGGCGAGCGCAUUCAACGUAUGUUGUUUGGCACAAACCUGGCGAAUGGUACCAGAUGAUAACAAUGGGUAUCUGAACGUUGCUGAUCCAAAAUGGGUUACCUCCGUGAACGCUCUCUCCCUUGUGUCUGCUUUAGUCGCGAAUCUCUUCCUGUCGCUAAAUAUGGCGCGCCGUGUUCGAUUUUCACUUGCCCAGCCUAUCAUCGUGUCGGGGUGGUUCAUUUCUUCGGCACUCCUGAUUGCCAUUCUGAUUCCGUUUGGGGUGAUGAUGGACAAAUCUACUUACUCGACCGCUGUUUACACUCAGGCGUACUAUUAUGGAGCCUUCGCGGCUGGCAUGUACUUUAUCAUCGCGUGUUUAUCACUGGUCACCGCAUACGGAGCUCGAAAGGGCCACUACAGCUGCGAAUACAAAUUGAGCAACAGCCAGCGAACCUUGAUGCUGCAAACGAUUAUAUUCUGCAUAUACCUUCUGGCUGGCGCUGCAGUCUACGCAAAGGUUGAGGGCUGGCGGUUCUUGGAUGCGGUUUACUUUGCAGAUUACACCCUGCUCACCAUUGGUGUCGGUAAUAUUACCCCUGCAACUCAUCUUGGCCGGGGUCUGCUUUUCCCAUACGCCAUUGGUGGCAUUGUGAUUCUCGGUCUUAUUAUCUCGUCAAUUCGAACGCUGAUGCUGGAACGGGGGCGUCAAAAAAUGGCUGAUGCCCUGGCUGCACGAACUCGGAAGUUUCUUGUGAAGGAGGCGACUUCGAGUCACAAUCGUCUGCGCUCUCUUGUGCCAGAUCUGCCAACCGAAGGCCAAGACGAGGACGGCAUGUCGCAUCGCGAGCGACAGAAACGAGAAUUUAUCACCAUGAGAAGAAUCCGUCAAUUGGCUACUGUGCAGCAUAAGUGGAUUUCACUUAUUGUAUCCUUGUUAGUCUGGAUGGCCAUGUGGCUUAUCGGCGCAGUGGUGUUCUGGCGUUCGGAACAAGCCCAAGGAUGGACAUACUUUGAAUCGCUCUAUUUUGCCUACACGACCCUCCUGACCAUCGGAUAUGGAGACAUAUACCCGAGAAGCAGCCUCGGGAAAGCAUUUUUCGUUUUCUGGUCCCUGCUCGCCGUCCCCACAAUCACAAUCCUCAUCUCCAGCAUCGGUGACACCCUCAUCCGCUUCAUUCGCGACCUAACCCUUUACAUCGGUGAAAUCACCAUUCUACCCGGCGACGAACCAUUCAUGGAACGCAUAAAGGACAUCUUCCGCAUGUCCUGGUCCGACAAAUGGGUCGAAGAAACACUCGGCGAAAAGAAUACCGCGGACAUCCUGAACGAUAAAAACGCCACCAACGACCCCGAACAAGCAAAUUGGCAAGCCCACCGCACUCUCGAAACAGAGGAACACAAACGAGAACAAUCAGCACACGCGUGCGGUGACGUCGCCGGCGAAAAGAUACAUCACUACCACUAUCUCCUUUUCCGCGAGAUCCGCAAGAUGAUGGAAUACACCAAGGACAAUAUAGCCAAGGAGUUCGACUACCUCGAGUGGGAGUACUAUCUAGAUCUUAUAACGGGUAAACAUAAGCCUUUGGCUGAUGAAUGUUUGGACUCGGGGCUCGAUGCACGAACGCGCGAGCUUCAGCAGUGGAGCUGGAUUGAUAAGAGGAAUCCGUUGAUUGGAGAGAAAAGUGAGGUGCAGUGGUUACUUCAUGAGUUGACUGAGGCGCUUGAGAGAGAGCUCAGAGGAGCGAGUCGGGGGUUUCACUCUGAUACUGAUGAGAAAAGUUUGAGGAGGAGAAAGUCGGGUUCUGAUGUUGAUGCGAGUAAGGGCGGCUAG